GACUUCAAAAUGGCGGACGGACGUAAUUUCGUGAAAAAUAAAUCAAAUUUGUAUUUUUUAUGACGUAAAAAAGUUCCUUUUACUUAUUUAACUGAUGGAAUAGGAAAAAAUGCUUAGUAUAAUUAUUUCAAUCGCAGCUAUUCUGCUGUGUGUGGCUGUUUUGAACUUUCUAAAGUAUUUUUUCAUUAGUAAAAUGAGGAUUGACGAUCGAGAUCAAAAGAAGAAACCAAAACUGACCACUUUAGAAGUUCUUACGUUGCUAAGAGAUUUGAAGCCUUUUCCUAUAAGUGUUCAUAAAGGGUGGAAGUUACACUCAUUUCGUCACAACAGUCGAGUGUGGUGGCAGGAGAUAUCGGUCAACAGCAAGAGUUCAAGUGUCAAUGUCUACGCAGUUUACACUAAAACAAAAAUACCUGCUCAGUUAGUUCUUCAAAUCCUGAAGGAUGUUUCAAAAACAUCAAGCUGGAAACCAGGUUGCCUAGCAACCAGCAUUAUCUCACCACCAUUGGAGAGUGAGGCAGGAAGUAGAUUGAAGGGCACUAUGGGUAAUUUACCAGUUCAACAUGACAUAGUGAUAGAAGAAACUAGUCCAGAUACUACACAAGGCUAUGGAAUAUGGUCAUUGAUAAGUAGUGAGAAUAGAUCUCUGCAAACUAUUCAAAAGGAACAUAGAAGGUACUGGCAUAGAGAAGACAAUGGUGUUUGCUGGCACCUUCAGAUGUGUGAGUCACAUCAGGAGUGGCUUUUCUUUCUUGCUCAGCCUGUUGAAGAUGUGGAUGAGUGUUUAUUGACAGUGCUAGGCUAUCAGGAUAGAGAUAACCAUUUCACCACGGCUAGCUACGUAUCUGAGGCCCUUAGUUCACUCACUGAAUACUUCCAUUAUCGAAAACUAGUCGCCACACCUCUUGUAGAUAUAAAACUUCCGACAGCUCGACCUGUAACAAGGUCAUAUAGUUCUUCUGAAGAUGUUACGAGUCCAGGUCGAAGAAUGUUUUUACGGUUUCGAUCUCUCGUAGAAAGACCGUCCAUUGGUGCUGAAAAAACUUACUCUCCUAAACAACAGAUUCUUCGUUCUGCUUCCAUUCUUAAACACAAUAGUCCGACUUUGUCAAAUGGGCUUGACGUUAACAAGCCUCUCUCAGAUAAGCUAAAAACCAGUUCAUUAGACAGAAGGGUAGAUAUGCCAAAGCUUGCCACAGUAAAAGAUAAAAAUUGGAAUAAUCAGUCUGAUAGUGAAAAGAGUGAGAAUUCUACAAGCAAUAAAACAGACAUUGGUGAAAGCCAUGCUGUCAUGGAGGAACGGAAGAAUGAGAUUAACAGUAGUUCUAAUGGAUCAGCUGUGUUUCAUGAUGCUAAUAAUGAUAGUGACAUUAGUGGAUCGGAUAAUGAAGAAGACAAUGGAAAAGAAAAGGAAGAGGACAUGGACAGCAUACUAGAUGCUGAUAUAAAUGCAGAGGAAGAGUUUGAAAAAUCUAUGAAGACAUUUUCAGAGGAUAUUCAUCACAUUGUACAUGCCAACCAAACAGCAGCUGAACUUCUUGCAGUUGCAUUACAAGCUUCUAAUAUAGAUCUGAGCAAGUCUGUACAGGAUCAAGUGAUCAACUCAGGUGGAUGGAUGUUUUGUGGCCUUGAUAAUGAUGUUGUUGUUCUGAAGAAAGUCUCGAUCAAAGAAAAUCUUCAUAGUUACCUUGGAAAAGGCAUUAUUCAAGCUGAUCCACGUGCAGUUUGGAAUGCAAUAAAAAAUCCACGAACCAAGUUUACAUAUGAUGACAGCCUUAAGAAAGUAGACGUCCUGGAGAAGGUAUCUGACUCAAUUAAAACAGUAUAUUAUUACCACGAGGUUCUACAAUUGUUCAAGACAGAGUGCUGUGAUAUGAUUGUCAUGCAAAGUGAGAAAGUAGACAGCGGGGAGAAAUAUAUCCUUUCAUUUCAGUCUACCGAGAAGUCCGGUGUUAGUCUUCCAGAAAAUACAACCAGAGUAAAGGUAUUACCAAGUGGAUGGAUUUUAGAGCCCGUCAGUAAAGACAAGAAGAUAUUCACCAUGGUUACCUACAUAAUGCAGAUUGAUUUUGGAGAUAUGCCAAUGAGAGCUGACCGGUCUCCAUAUGAAGAUCUCAUCUCAAAACAGCCAAUGAGCAUAGCCUAUCUUCGCCAGUACCUACGUGGCUGUGUGUACCCUAAGUGAUAGUUGUUUACCACAUAAGAUUAUUUUACAUGUUGAUCUUCAGUUAAAACUGUAAAUGUUUACCACAAAUAAACAAUGAAAUACAUGUUAACUCUUGGUUAAAUGGUGUUUAUGUUUACCCUUGAGUAAAACAUUGUACAUGUGUACAUGAUUACCAUAAAUAAACAUUAUGAUAUAUGUUUACCACAAAUGUUCAUUGUAAAUGUUUACCACAAAAUUUAGAAAUGUGAGCAUGUUUACCCCGAGUCAAAAAUUGUUCAUGAUUUGUGUCACUUAAGUGCAAUAACUGAUUAACUUCUUUAAAAUUUAGAAGGACUUAACCCGUUACUGCUCUAUUGUGACAAAAUUUAUUGUGUUUACUGCAAGAAUUCAUAAAAUCUUUCUUCAACAUCAAAAUCACAGAUCAUCACAUUGGUGCAGUAAUGGGUUAACUCCUUAUAUGAAUUUAAUAGGAGGUAACCCUUUACUGCACUGAGGUGAUGAGACUAUAGGUUAUCGUAUGAUUGUGUGCCUUCUGUCAGUUUCUAUUUCUUGCCACUUGUAGUGGUCAUUUAAUAUUUAUUGAAUUGUGACACAGAGUUCCUAUUGCCUUAUUUGCCAGUAUUUGCAGAAAGUUUUUGACCUUGCCUAUCUUAAGAUAAAACAUUUAGUGAUCUGUAACCUCUUGCCUAUAUUAGAUACUACAUUUAGUGAUCUGUAACCUCUUGUAUAUAUGAAAUUGAAAUUGAUUAAACAUGUAUCAAUACC